AUGCGAUUCCAGGAAGCUUCUGUAUUUCGAGACACGCAUGAAUAUUAUUAUAAUCUAUCUAUCUAUCUAUCUAUCUAUCUAUCUAUCUAUCUAUCUAUCUAUCUAUCUAUCUAUCUUGACCCUCAUCUAUCUAGAUCUAUCUAUCUAUUUCAGUCUCUUCACAUCUAUCUAUCUAUCUAUCUAUCUAUCUAUCUAUCUAUCUAUCUAUCUAUCUAUCUAUCUAUGCAUCCGUCUUUUUGCCUUAGUUCACAUCUUUCCAUCUCUCUGUUUUAUCUAUCUAUCUAUCUAUCUAUCUAUCUAUCUAUCUAUCUAUAUGCCUAUCUAUCUGCCUCAUUUCACAUCUAUCUAUCUAUCUAUCUAUCUAUCUAUCUAUCUAUCUAUCUAUCUAUCUAUCUAUCUAUUUCGGUCUGUUCACAUCUAUCUAUCUAUCUAUCUAUCUAUCUAUCUAUCUAUCUAUGCGUCCGUCUUUUUGCUUUAGUUCACAUCUUUCCAUCUCUUUGUUUUAUCUAUCUAUCUAUCUAUCUAUCUAUCUAUCUAUCUAUCUAUGCGUCUGUCUAUUUGCCUCAAUUCACAUAUAUGCAACUCUCUUUCUCUGUCCUUCUCUCUCUCUCUCUAUUUCGCUAUCUAUCUGCCUCAAUUCACAUCUAUCUAUCUAUCUAUCUGUCUAUCUAUCUAUCUAUCUAUCUAUCUAUCUAUCUAUCUAUCUAUCUAUCUAUCCGAAUACAUUAA